AUGCAUUUCUCAACCCUCUUCAUCACCCUGUCAGCCGCUGCCGGCCUCUCCCUUGCAGCCCCCACCUCCCAUACCGACCAAUCCACUUGCCAGCGUGUGAAGUCGGAAUCGUACAAGGUCCACAUCGCCACCCACUCCAAUGAACCCGUGGAACCCCAAGUCUUGAGUUUCUCCCUCCCCGACGGUACCCGCGGCACCUGCUCUCUCAUCGCCGACUUCCCGGCCGGCUAUCCGAUUAUCAACUCUGGCGUUGAGGAUGGCCGUAGCCCCCUUCCCAUCAAUGUGUCUUACGAACACGGCGUCAAAGUUGGCCCCGUCCUCGGUACAUUCCGGAUUCCUUCCGCCCUGCCCGACAAGAAGACCACAAAAGCGGUCAAAUUGACCAUCGCCAGUUUUCCUUGCGAGUGGAUAAGGCUGUUUAUAAUCGAGGUUGCGGCCAUAGGUCUGGUCGACUUCGAGCUGAAUGACAAGAGCGGGCUGUUUGUUGAGUAUGGUUGUUAA